AUGAAUGCACCAGGAUCUGCCGCAGCGCCAGACACUCCGCCCUCAUCACCUUGGGCGCAACGUUAUCCACUGAAGGAAUCUGUUGUCGUGGUGGGGAAUAAGAAACGAUCAUUACUCCGCCCGCAUUACCCAAGUAUCGAAGAUCCGAAGUACUAUGACCAAGACCUGAAGCAGAUUGUCAACCUGGGUAUCUGGAAUCCUACGGAGGUAGACACUGUUCUUUGGAGCGAGAAAAUUCAAAGAAGAACCUUUUGGGGAAGUCGAACAUGGCAACUUGCUGCCCUGAAUCGUUAUCUUAAGUUUCAUGCUGGUCCGCCCUUCGUGCCCGUCCCUAGCGGUCACAAGCCACCUGUCGAUAAGCUCGCAGCAGGCGUUGCUGGAUUGAAGAUCUCCUCAUACCUAAGGCUCGAUCCUGUUGCAGUACAUGAUAGAAGAAAAAUAAAGAUUGAAGAAAGAGAAUGGCUAAGCUUUUUGCACAAAGAUCGAUGGUUCGACUGGAUCCAAACUUCCCCGGGUAAACGCAAAAGACCGAUUAAAACUUGGAGUGUCGAUGAAGAGGAUAUUUGGCUUGCUUUAAGACCUGUGCUUGAGCUAACUAACCGCUUCUUCCAAGCCCUCAUCGACGAUAGUCAUCCUGCUGAAGACUGGAGGAAUUUCAGCGAUGUAUUUGGCGAAGCACCUGUCGAAGACGCAACCGUUCUCAUCAGUUACGAAAUGGAAGAGAUCAUUGCUAAGAAACGAAACAAGGGACUUGAAUUCGAUCAUGCUCUCGUUCGUACCAACCAACAAGUGCGUAACAGACUAGAGAAACUUCUGUCGAGUCUGAUAUGGGGUUUCGGAGAUCUUCAAACAUCCCAUGCUUUCACCUGCGAGCCUUCAAAAGGCUUUGCUAGCAUGGCGCAUAAUUACACCAUCAUGGUUACUCUCAACAUCGCUAAAAUCCAAGGUCUACUAAACCCGGAUUUAACUAUUAGGGAACUAUGUGUCCUACAAUUCGACUUAGCAAACUUGCUCCUCCACGAGAUCGCGCAUGCAAUUUUGUGCAGUCGUAACUCCUUUGUCGGCAAUCGCUCAAGUAUGCAAAACGAAAACGCCACACGCGAGCCUUAUUAUGAUGGCAAAUGGCUCCCUGAGGCUGGAUUCAUAAUGGAGCAGCUUGUAUUUGGAGGUGUACAUGAGUCGCUACCUUACAAGCCAGAUGGCGUUUCCCCACCACCUAUGCUACAUGUGCUCAGGGAGUGGCCGUAUGCGAGCCACGCAAAAUUAUGGCCACCUGCAGAUUGGGACAGUACAUAUCUCAAAGAUGGUGCAUUAACAAGAACAUAUGUCUUACCUGCGACCUACUCCUCCAAGUUGCUCUCCGAGGAGUUUUGGGAAGAUCCGUUGAUAAAGUGUAAAAGCGACAAUUACUUCCAUAACAGCCGCAUCUUUCGUGUGACUGCGCCUAUUCGAAACCUCCGUACAACGAGAUGUGGAACGCCCAAGGUUGUGAAAAAGAGGAGGAACCAACCCCGAUACCCUGAAGAUAAGAUCCUAAUACAAGAGUGGAAUGCACAAAAAGAGGCAUUGGAAAAAUAUCAAGAGAUAUGGCUUCACAAAGAUUACGCCAAAUGGGAUGCCAGCCCGUGGAGUGCAAUUUGGCCGCGUCAAGCCCUUCGUUCGUUUGCAGAUGCUUUUGAAGAAAGGGACCAUAUAGAAUGUGCCAGACUUGCGAGAGGUUAUAUAGAGUACGUCGACUGGAGCCAUGGCCAUAACGAAUUUGCAGAAUGUAUGCCAACAAACGAAGUCGCUUCUGCUUAUUGGAUAUGGCAUUGCAUAGGACUCCUCAUGCUGGCGUCGCUCCCCAUCCGGACAGAACCGCUUGUUGAGAACGAGACUCCCACGCACUAUAUCGUCGAAUUAGCACCUAGUAAGGCGGCCGCCGCCGGCGGUCGUGUAGAGCAAGUAUAUAACUGGCCGGAUACACCAGAGCCGACAGAACUUGUUGUACCAGUCAGUGAAUUCUAUGACCAAACAUGCAUUAAUGGGUAUUAUGGCAAGGGAAGAGUGAGAGACUUUUCUCAGCGUGAUUAUCUUGUGUUGGUUGGUAAGGUAAUUAGGAUGAUCAUGUAUAGACAGGGGCGCGUAUAUAUCAAGUUCGUGGACGCCAUCAACAAAGCCAAAAAGAAGCUCUCUAAACAGCGAUUCAUGUUGGAGGAGGAUUAUCCGCGAGGUGCUCAUAAGACGAGAUGGGUCUCAAAAUGGCCGUUCGAGUUGCCUGAGUAUGACCCGACUGUCAUGAUACACAGCGGAAUUGAAUGGGAAAAGCCACAAUCCUAG